CUAGAACUCCGGAGCAGACAUGGGUUCCGUCCUAAUCUCCAGCCUUCUCCUGAGUUUAAUGGUACACACGUCCCACACAGGUCAGUUAUUCUUUAUUCUGUUUUUACUGACCUUUUGUGCAAUUUAUAUAUUGUGCUUUAUAAUAUACAAUACAGUAUGAGAUGAACAGCUUAUUAUCACAGGAUUAUUAACUAAAGGGAGAAUUGUCAGUAAUUCAAAGUGGAUUCAAAGCGAAUAUCAAAUUUAAGGUGAAAAUAGUCAAACAGGAACAAUAAGUGAGCUAUGCGUUCAGUUUGGCUGCUUUCACCUUAAAUUUUAUUUAGUUUAGUUUAGUUUUAGUUUAGUAAAUAACCCCUCCCCUUCCCCCCCUCCCACCCCACAUAUGUGAAGCCAGGAGCUAAAGAUGUAAGAAAUUGAUAUGCCAAACUGCAAUAUUGUAUAUAACUUUCUGUGUAUGUGACUGGUUUCACAAGUUGGGGUCAUUUACUUGAUAACAGUGUGAUAAGGAUCAAAGCGUUCAGUUGCAUUUUACACCACCCAGUUAAGACAAAAGCUUACGUCCCUCCAGGAGUUCUCCUGCCAACCAGUUUUAAAGUUUUAACAUCUAGGUGUAACCAUGGAAGUGUGUGUUUUCCCAAGCAAUCCUGUCCAAUCUACCAAGAAACCUAACCAACUGGUUACUUCUUUCAGAACGUUACAGUAUGGCUGGAGGGAAGAGAUCAAAGGGAAAGACUUGUGUAAAGACAGAACUCUCUGGAAAAAGAGGGUGGGAUAAACCACUUUUGGGAGGGAAAAGAGAUUCUGGGACUUGUAGUUUAUGACAGCAAAAAUGAGUCUUUAAAAGGACAACAGCCAAGGAGGUUGCGCUCUCUCUCUCUCUUUGUCUCUUUUGGAGAGGACAGCGCAGCAAGCACAGGUGGCUGUCCCCGAUUACUACCAAGAUGAAGGCACAAGGGGAAGACCUUUAUUGAAAUGUUUAAGUAUUGCCCUUUUAUUAUGUAUCUUUUGAUUAUGCACUGGAUUUAAUGUACAAUGUGUAAUGUGUAUAUCCUUUUCAAAUCUAACAGUAUCCUUAAAUUAAUAUUGACAAUACAUUUUAUUAUACACUUGUGUUUGUGUCUUAUUUGUCACACAUUCCCUAAAAGAAUAUCCUUGUAAGAGGGUUGUAGCGGAGAUGCAAUAUUUCCCAGGUUAUCUCCGCUUAAGAUCCCAGUGAGGCUCAGGAACAAGUAAAUUAUAAAUCCACAGGCAAAGUUUCCAACAGGCAAAAUAAUCCAAUAGUAUCCCAACAGCAAUCCCAAUGACUGGACGACACACAGCAUCAGGAGCAGAACUGACAACCUUUAUUCAGACAGUGGCCUUAUAUAGCAUGCUCCCAUGCAAGGGAGGGAUUACAUUCAUUAAUACAUUAGCCAAUCCUAUCCUGGUAACCUCCCACACAUCUCCUCCCCUCAGCCGGCAUCAUAAUCCCCUUAUCCAAUACAGCAAUUCCCCCCGUUUCUGGAUGUACCCCUAAACCUAGAGGUACCCCUUUAAAUUAUGCAUCCCCUGGUAGCCCUGAUCUGGGUGAACAACAUAUCCAAAAAUCACCCAGAUCAGACCAGGGGUUCGGGAAUUUCAUGGAGGGAAUAAAAUGACCGACCGCACUGGAUGAACUAGCCGAAUUGGGCUCCAUGCGAUUGGGCCCUGCGGUCGGUCCUGGAAACGGCGAAUGAAGUACCUGAAAGCCUCCAGCUAUAGAGGCUUGGGAGAGUUCACCUGAAUCCCCUCGUUCGGUUGAUUAUGCCUACCGAACGAGGGGCCGUUCGGUAGUUUGGAACCGAAUGGACCGGGCUGAUGGAGGUCUCAGCGGUGUUCGCCUAGUCGAGUGUCCGUUUUGAGUUCCAGACACUCGACGGCAAAACACCGCUGUUCGGGAGUUUAAGAUGGCCGCCGCCACGUGUUCGUUUCCCGAAUGGCGGCCACCUCCGAGAACAAAGGAUUGCUACACAGCUUGUCAAUUACCCGUUCGCAACAAUGUUGCAACGGGUAAUUGAAGGCACACUUCACCUAGGGGAGGUCUGAUUGUUCGGUAGUUUCAUUCGAACAAACUAAGGGAAUGAAACUACCUAACAUUCAGACGAAUCCAAUACAUUUUACACAUAGAACUUUGCUAUUCUACAUGAAUGCAUUCCCUUACUGCAUAGACAUUUGGCAAAUAGACUAAUACAAGUUAAACAUAAUGUAAGUCCCAGGGCAGCUCAUGGCCAUCCUCUACAAGGGUCAUAAUUUCUUACAAAGAGAUUGGAGGCGGCAAGGCGAGGAACAACUUCAGGUAAGUACAGCUAACUUCCACUUCAUCAGACUGCCACCAGACCAUUAAAGGUGAUGUCACUUUUGGGGGUCAAUGCAAAAUAUUUAAAGACUAUGGAGCGUGUGGUUUUGGAGUCGAUCUGGGUGUGAACCUGUUUAUUUAAUUUACAGCCUGUGCGUGAUCUUAUAACAGUUUUAGCCAACAAAUGCAUGUCCUUACCUGGCAAAACAGGAUGGGUGCAGAUUGGGGGGCUGGGUUGGUCCUCUAUGCCAAAUCAGUUGAGGUAGGAACAAAAAUCUCCUACAUGAAUCUUUCUUAGCUCAGCUAUUAUCCAACUCCGAUAUGUGGCCUAAAAUGUAAACUUCCUUUGUCAGAUCUCCACAAUUUUUAGUUUAAAGGAACAAUUUAGUGUUAGGAAUACAAAGCUGUAUUUUUAACACUAAAGUGUUCCUCUGCCCACUCACACCAACUACCAAAUAAAGGGAUAAAACCCUAUUUCCACUCACCUUAUUCCAGUGCCUUUGGCACUGGCUUCCUCUCUGCCUCCUCUUGCGACGUCAGUGCUGAGGGGGGAACUGAACUUGCAUGUGUGGCGAAUGCCGCAUGCAUUAGACUUUCCCCACGAGGAAGCAGUGAUUCAGUGCUUUCCUAUAAGGGAUUUGAAGAAUCUGGACAUCCUCAUGUAAAUUGUGAGGAUGUCCAGGGUCAUUUUACGGAGUCAAACUCUUUGAAACAGGAAGCAGUGCCUCUAGUGGCUGUGUGAUGAACAGUAACUCAAGGCAGUCUUAACCCUGCAAAAACACCUCAGCGGAACUGGUGAUAAUUCCUUUUUUACCCACCCCAGAAAACAUAUAAAGCACACUUUUUUUCUGCUCACUGGGAAUCAUGGGAGAUUUGGAAUUUGCAUUGAAUGUCAGGCUGUGCCAGGGAUACCGUCCGUACAUUUGAUGAACGUCCAAAUGAAUAAGAUGUUUUAAAAAAAAAUAAAAGUACCACUACUGGUUUACAUGUAGGUUGCAAUACGAAUAUUCCUUUCUUUAAAAAGUGGCAGCUUCAGACACAGAGAUAAAACUACUAAAAAUACAAAAAAAGAUUAAAAAAAUCAAAACCAAAUGAAAAAGUAUUGAUAUGUAGUCUCAAAAUAACACACAACGCAUAAAUACCUUAAUUAAAAUAUAGGUGGGAUAUACCCUUAUACGGCCAAUAUAUAAAGAACAGUAGGGUUCUAAGCACCGAAUAUAUGUGCUAGGCUUAGAUCACACACAUACUAAAGCGGAAUGCUAUCAGGUACUUGGAGAGCUGGUCUGUGUGAGACUCUCAGCGGACAAAGAUAAUUAUGUGAGAAGCCUGAGAUACAAGGAAGUAGCUUUAUUUUUACAGCAGUCACACAGCCCAGCUAGGAGCCACAGAGGGUGUGCCAACGCUGCCAAUCCAAGGAUUAAUUUCGUAAUAUUAUAUAACUAAUCUCCAAGUCACCCAUGAUUCCAGUUUGGCUAUUUUAAUUUUUACAUGUGAAAUCCACUUUGAACUCCUGACAUUUGUCACUUUAGUAAGUAAUCCUAUAAAUGCAUAUUUUAUUCAGUAGAAGUUAUUGGUGUCUUUAUUUUCUUCCCAGAUAGCUACACCGUGACAUAUCAUCACACCUACCUUCCAAUCUCAAAUCCAGAUUUUUUUGCUGAUUUAUACCUGAAUGACAUCCCCGUGUAUUGGUACGACAGCAAUAACAAUUGGCUGGACCCUCUCGUCCCGUGGAGAAAGAAGGUGCCGUCAAACUAUUCCUGGGUCAAUCUUCAGCUCGAACUUUGGAGAGAUGAAAAAUUUAUGAAGAAUACCUCAUUGGGUAUGAAGGCAAUUUGCAUUAUAACGUGCACUCACACAAAAGUAUGAUGAUGAUUUUUUAAAAAAAUAUUUUAAUUUUAAUUAAGGUUUUCAAGUUUACAAUUACACAACAGAUCACUAGAGAUGUCGCGAACUGUCCGCCAAACUGUUCGCGAACUGUCCGCCGGCGAACAAUAGCGUGUUCGCGUUGGGCGAACAUAUCCGAUUUCCGGUCCGCCCCCUAUAAGUCAUCAUUGAGUAAACUUUGACCCGGAACCUCACAGCCAGCAGACACAUUCCACCCAAUCAGCAAAAGACCCUCCCUCCCAGGAAGUGUCUGCUGACUGUGAGGUUCCGGGUCAAAGUUUACUCAAUGAUGACGUAAGGGGGCGGACCGGAAAUCGGAUAUGUUCGCCCAACGCGAACACGUUAUUGUUCGCCGGCGGACAGUUCGCGAACAGUUCGGCGGACAGUUCGCGACAUCUCUACAGAUCACCCGUAAUUCAGAUACCAAAAUCAUUGAAGUAGAAAAACUGUAACAAUACUCUAUUCAAAAGUAUAUAUGCAGUCACAACCCUUGCUGUACUGGUAUUACAUAUUGGGAGAAAUCAAGGAGGCCUACUAAGAUUUAUUAGUUGGGUGAAGUCAUAAGUACGCCAAAGUUCCCAUACCUUAUUAACCUUAUGUAAGGUACACGAUAUUCUAUGGGACAUUUCUUCAUAUGUAAAAAAAAAAGCUUUGUUUAGCAGCUAGCAGGAUAUGCGUUAUCAUGAGUUUAGAGGUUCCAACAGGGUUAUCCGGGAACCCAUCCAACAAAAAGCUGCUAUAAUUAUCAUGUAAAUUUAGCAUAAAAACGGUUAUUUAAAACACUAGAUACAAAAUACAGUUUUGCUCAUGCGAUGACUAAAUGUAUAUUAAGGAAGUAAAAGCAACUCUGUAAACCACUCCCCCCUCCAGAAUGAGUAUUUCAUACAGAUAGAAUGUUUAUGUAAUACUCAUUUUGACUGGGUUGGAAUUUCACUAAAAUUCCAACCCAGUCAAAAGAUAUACAGAGACAAAGUAGGGACUAUUUUGUCUCAGUAUUUUUCUAUACAUCAUAAACUCCUGUGAAAGAGUUCUUAAAGUGAACUGCAUGCAGACACUAAAGGUCCAGCCCAGAGAGUCCUCUAAAGGACCACCAGAGACUUCCAAACGAUAAGAAGGAGGUAGACAAGCUUAAAAAAAAAAAUAUAUAAGGAGAGUUAUGAGGGGAGACCUCACACCAUGCACUCAACAUCCUCCCCCAACACACAAAACUCAGUCACGCUCAGCCUCCACUUAACACACACAACACUCAGCCUCCUCUACAAACAAAAUUCAGCCACCACAUACAGCUGUAAUAAGCCACCACACACAUCUUCAAUAAGCCAUCACAAACACAAGCCUGAACCCCCACCCACAGGCACACUGUGAGAAUAUUUAUUUGGUGAUAAAUAUUAAAAAUAAUAUUUUCAUAAAAAUUAUCAAAAAAAUUUAUUAUAUCAAAAAUUGAUAUCUUGGCACUGUUCCCCGAAUAAUUAUAUAAAGCUGAGAAUUACCCACACUUUUAAUUAUCUUAGAUCCUAGAGGAUGUUUCACUAGAGAAUUUUUACUUCACACAGUAAUCACAAAUUAAUUAUAAAAAUAUAAUUUAUUGUGACAAUAAUAAUAAAAAUAAUAAUAAUAUGUAACAUGCGUGACAAUAAUCAGUGGAUAUUUAGGUAUAACUUAAGUAUACAAUAUGGCAAUGGUUUCAACACAAUAUAGACGGCUAAAUAGCGACAGUUGUAGGCAAUUUAACAAGAUUUACGAUAGGACACUACUUCACUUAGAAAUAAGUUCACAGAACACAGCAGCACAGCGUAAAGCAAUAAAAACUUUGUCUGACAGUCAAAUCACACUGAAUUAACUCAUUCAUUGCUAGCUACAAUCCUCAUACCAGAUCAUUCACCAUUCCUAGGACCAUCCAAUAAGAAUAAUUCUAACCAGAUUUUACGUUUGCAGAAUUUUAACUUUCCUAAUGAAGAUUAUCUGUUUUAUAUCAGAAGAAGUCAAUACCUGGAUAAAAAUUUGGUAUGCUAACAUUUGUCAAAUUUACCGUUAAUAUAUCGUUAUCUUUAUUCCACCUGCAGGAAUGGAAUUUUUAUAACCAUAUAUUCCUUAGCUAACUAUGAUUUCUAAUAAUUGAAAUCUGACCAAUAUUUAUCCAGAUAUAUAUUCCUGCUAUUAGUAAAAAAUUAUUAAAGGACCACUAUAGUGUCAGGAAAACAAACUCGUAUUCCUGGCACUAUAGUGCCCUAUGGGUGCCCCCACCCUCAGGGUCCCACUCCCGCUGCGCUGAAGGGGGAGGAAAGGGGUUAAUCACUUACCUUUUUUCCAGAGCCGGGCUCCCUCGGUGCUGGGGACUCUCCUCCCUCUUCUGAUGUCAUCGGCUGAAUACGCAUGCGCGGCAAGAGCCGCGCGCGUAUUCAGCCAGUCCAUAGGAAAGCAUUCUCAAUGCUUUCCUAUGGACGCUGGCGUCUUCUCACUGUGAAAAUCAUAGUAAGAAGUGCGGAAACGCCUCUAGCGGCUGUCAAUGAGACAACCACUAGAGGCUGGAUUAACCCAUAUGUAAACAUAGCAGUUUCUCUGAAACUGCUAUGUUUACAGCAGAGAGGAUUAAUCCUAGAUGGACCUGGCACCCAGACCACUUCAUUUAGCUGAAGUGGUCUGGGUACCUAUAGUGGUCCUUUAAUUUAAUUUAAUUUAAUUAAACCAAUAUAAUUACCAGUUAGGUUGUAGAUUUUCUAUCAGAUGUAUAGAUAUGUCCCAGGAAUUUCGAAUGCAAGUAUGAUGAGAAUUGUGGAAAAUAGGAAAGUUUUCAGAGUUCUGAAGUUGUGUUAGUUGGAAAAGAUAAAGAAUUAGGUGUCUCCAGCUUUUGAUUCAGAUGUCAGAUCUUAGCUGUUAGAUGUGGGUCCAAGAGAAUGUUUAGAGUGUCCAAGAGUCAGAAUGUGUAAGUCCUCGAGAGUUUGAGAGUGUGUUCUUUCUCUUCCCUUUGUCCUUACUUUUAAAGGGGCAAAUUCUCUGCACGUCACCAGUCGAUAGGAUCAGGGCCGGAUUAACAUAGGGGCUGAUGGAGCUGCAGCUCCAGGCCCAGGCCCAUGGAAUAGGCCCAUUGAUUUAAAAAAAAAAAAAAAAAAAAAUUUGCAUUUUUUUUUUCCACACACUACUCUUAAGGAUUCCACCUGGCUUUUAUUUUAUUGGCACAGCCAGUAUUUGAGGCUGCCUGGCUGGUGCCAAAAUUGCAGUGAUAUUGGCAAUACAAAUUCUGGUAUUUUUCUCAGUAUAAACAAGAGAUUACUAUGCAAUACCAGCACUGGCCAGUAGGGGUCGCUGUGUGUUGAGACAGGCAGGGAUAGGAAGUGCCAGCAUAUCGCUUCCCUGCCUAUCUAUACUCACUGAUCUGCAGGGGUGCAGCUACAGAGAGUCCAGACAGCAACUCCCACCCUGCAGAGACAGGCUACAGCUCAGGGAAGUAAGGGAUGGGGGAAAGGCUGCAAGGAGACAUACACUGAGACACUAAGGGACACUGGGAGACAUUAUGGCAGACACUGAGACACUAAGGGACAUUGGGAGACAUUAUGACACAGACACAUGGGGACACAUUGUCCCCAUGUCUCCCAGCCAGUGUCCCUGGUGUCUCAGUGCCCCCUAGUCUCCCAGUGUCUCACUGUUCUCAUGUCUCCUAGUGCCUCCAUGUCUCCCAGUGCCUCAAGUGUCUCAAUGUCCCCAUGUCUCCAAGCUAGUGUCCCUAGUGUCUGUGGCCGUGGUGUCUCAGUGUUCCCAUGUCUCCUAGUGCCCCCAUGUCUCAAUGUCCCCAUGUCCCCCAGCCAGUGUCUCUAGUGUCUGUGUCCCCAUGUCUUCAAGUGUCCCCUAUUUCCCCCAGUGUCCCAGCCAGUGUCCCCUAGUUUCCCAGUGUCACUGGUGUCUCCGUGUCCCUAGGUCUCCCCGUCUUCCUAGUGUCCUAGUGACACAUACAUGGGGACAUAGACACAUGGGAAUACUGGAGGACACAGGGAGACAUGGGGCAUUGAGACACUGUGAUACAUAAGGACACUGUGAUACAUAGGGUCACUGGGAGACCUGGGGACACUGGGAGACAUGGGGCACUGAGACACUGAUACAUAGGAACGCUGAGACCUGGAGUAAUCAACACAUGGAGCACUGGGAAACAUGGGGGCACUGGGAGGAAUCCAUCUAUACAACAUAAUCAAACUAAGUAGUUGUUUGGUGAUUUUACAGCAUUUUCUCUUAUGUCACUCCUUGUGAUUUACAUCAUGUGAUGUCACCCAUACAUAUUUAAUUAUGCAAAUUAGUAAAGCCGGUAUGUUUUUCCAAGUAAGGUGGCAACCCUAACUACUUUUCACAUACUUUUACUUAAGUAUGGAAACUUAAGAGGGAUGUAUGGGAACAAAACUUGUGUGGACUGGCUGACAAUGAAUAUAGUUAAAGGGACACUAUAGUCACAAGGACAACUACAGCUUAUUGAAUUUGUUCUGGUUAGUAGAAUCAUUACCUUCAGGCUUUUUGCUGUAAACACUGUCUUUUCAGAGAAAAUGCAGUCUUUACAUUACAGCCUAGUGAUAACUUCACUGGCCACUCCUUGGAUGGCUGUUAGAGAUCCUUCCUGAGUCAUGGCUGCCUAAAAUGCAUCCAAACAUUCAGUGUCUCCUCCCUCUGCAUGCAGACACUGAACUUUCCUCAUAGAGAUUCAUUUAUUCAAUUCAUCUCUAUGAGGAGAUGCUGAUUGGCCAGGGCUGUGUUUGAAUCAUGUUGGCUCUGCCCCUGAUCUGCCGUUUUGUCAGACUCAACCAAUCCUAUGGGGAAGCACUGUGACUGGAUCAGGCCACCACUUCUAAUGAUGUCAGCAGACUGCUUGUUUUUCUGAGUCUAACAGCAUGCAGAGUUACAGCUUCAGGCUUGAAUACAGUAAGAUUUUUACUAUAUUUAUGGAGGCAUUAGGUUAGAUGGUGGUGUUAACACUAUAGGGUCAGGAAUUCAUGUUUGUGUUCCUGACCCUAUAGUGAUCCUUUAAGGUAAUGCUGACUUUGGUCUCUCUAACACUGUGGCAUGUUCCCUUUCUUCUACACUCACUACAUACAGCUUUUCUCUGUCCCAGACUAUAUACCAGGAGCGUCUGCCUGCUAGUAAGAAGGUAAGGAGACAAGUGGACCAGCGAGUGCUAGGGGACAGUCCUUAGAAAGCGUUGAGCGAGCGCAUCAUUAGAUGCAUUUAUGCCAAGCUCAGGGUGCUGUCUGCAUAGUAUGCCCUUAGUUGGCCAGCUGCAUGAUUGGCAGGCAGUCUGACAUGCAUUCAUGCCAGGCUGGCCUUCUAAUUCUUUGGGCAGACAUGUCCUCUUUUUGGGCAUGUUCGCCCCUUUUGGCAGGUUACGUGAUUUGUGUCAGUGGCACACCCUUUUACCCAUUGACUUCUUGCUUGACUGGACACUGCUGUUAGGGGUUAUGGAUUUACUUGAAAUAUGAAAACAUAAAUUAGAGAGAGAUUAGCAUAGAGUAUGUGUUUUCUUAUAGCUGCUGUUUUCUUUCUCUCCAGCACCAUCUCCAUCAGAUACAUGACGCUUGGGAGUGUUUUUGGUCGAUAUGAUUCUUUAAUUAGGCCCGUCAUAAUUGUCAGCACCAGGCCCACUGGGCUGUUAAUCUGGCCCUGGAUAGGAUCAAUAGGGAACUGUGUGUCUUCCCUACAGACUAUCAUCUAGAUUUUGGUCAAUAGGUGGGACAAUUACAUACCAAAAAUUCUUGUCAGGGGUCCAUUUACAUUUUUGGAUAAUGGGUUAAUUAAAUUUGGUGAUCUGUCUGGUUUUCUUGUGUGAAACUGUGUUUAAGAUUAUUUAUACUCCACUUACAUUAGUAAAUAAUAUGAUAUUUCUUCAUUUAUAUUUAUCCAUGAAUAGUCUAUAUUAUUAACAUAAUACUAAUUAUAUAUGAUAUAUAUGCUUAUAGGUAGUUAUAAGUGGAUAUUGUGUAUAUAUCGCAUUCAACCCCUCUUUUGCUGCAAACAUUAUGUCUUAUUUCUAAUGUUUACAUAAGUCGCAUUCCUUAGCUCAGACUUGAAUGAAUAGAGUGAUAGAGAGAGAAAUCUUGUGUCUGUCUCAGCCUUGUAAUACAAAAUGGAGUCACUUCUGUUCUGAGGGUGACUGACAGUAUACACUUUUAAUUUCUGUCUUAACACAAAAUGUCUGCCGAUAUAAAUAUACUGACAACACUCAUACUCCCUGAACAAAUAUAUCACUCAGCUACCUCAUACACAAUACUGAGCUACACUCAGCCUCCCCACCACACAACAUUCAGUCAUGCUCACACACAUACAACACUCAGCCACGGCUCAUAAGGCCUAGGGCCCAGGACAAUCUCAAUCUGACUCUGUGUUGUAUGUAUGAGUAUGGUGUUGUGUUUAGGGGAGGUUGCUUGUGGUGUUGUGUGCAUGGGGCGCAGCUUGUGGGUUUAUAUGUGGCAGUGGCAGAAUGUAUUAAUUGUAUAAGUAUGACACACUGCAAUAACAUUUUUAAAGCAAUAUUUCUGUCCUUCAUUCCACCUGUGAAAAUGUUUUAAGGAAAUGUCAGUGGCACUAAUAAAUAAUUCACCCUAUAUAUAAAGCCAACAGAUUUUUUUUUACCAUCUUCCAUGAUUUUUAGUCAGUUGUCUGGAAGCCAAAGGGCUUGAUGAGAGUCAUGAGAGUUGACGUAUAACAUCUUUUAUCUCCGGGAGUCAUUUGCAUUCAUGUUUUGUUACUAACGCGAUUUCUGUCUCUCAGGUAACGACACUCAGCAAGUCUUUCAUGGCUGCGAAAAAUUUGAGAAUGGCUCUUUCCAAUCAUAUCACCAGACUGCGUAUAGAGGAGUAGAAUUGUGGAGGUUUGACACGGACACUGGAAACUAUUCCUCGGAAAUAAACCGCACUCAGAAAAUGCUGGAUAAUCUGAACGCAAACAGAACAGGAGCAGAAAUGAGAAUAGAAGAACUGACUACGUUCUGUGAGAAUGUCCUCAAUUUAUUAGUGAUGGACGGGCAAGAAUACAUCAACAGAAAAGGUGAAAACAAAUUAUUUUAAUUUAUUCAAUGAAAAUGAGCUGAAGGGGAGGAAGUAAUGCAUCUAUGGGGGAGUAAUGGUGGCCAAUUUCUGUACACAAAGCUUUGUGCAAAAUUUCUACCUUUAUACCUUAAAAGAGGAAGCAAGGGUUAAUUGAAGUGCAAGUUAGGAGUAGUUUUAUAUUAUUAUUUAUGUUGCGCCAACAAAUUCCGCAGUGCUGUUCAAAGUGUUUAUAUAAAGGACCCCUUGUAUUAGAAAAGCCUCGGAGAGAAUGUAACAUAAAUUUAGUCCUGGAUCAAUCCCUCACUUUUUAUUCUGUUUUACCCCUCCGUAGAGGAACCUCAGCAGAUGGAGCCACCAUCACUGUCAAUAAAUGUGUAUUGCAGCUCUAAGUGCUAUAUGGCUGCAUUUAAAUUUCUCUGCCAUUUCCUGGACCCCCCUUUACAGGAAUAUUUAUGUUCAGAUGUAAAUGAUACAAGGAAGCACUAUCCUAUCUGCUUAGUUAGUAACAAGUUAACAAUUCCCCCAAACUACCAGACCACAUCUAGGGAUGACAGCAAGGUGACAAUAGAUUGGAUACAAAUAGUUCUAUAGCUGCCUUAUCAAGAACUGUGCAACCCAACCAAGUAAAUAUCAGUUUAUUGUAUCAGUCAAAAAGCGUCAGUACAAUCAGUAGAACCAGACCCCAAGUAAUACAAUGAACCCCACUGAAAACAAUCAUUUCUGAUGUAUCUCUUUUUGUAAAAGAUAUUCCACCCAAUCCUUGGAGAAACCUUUCUUUCUGUUUAUCUACAGUCUAAGAGGAAAACACUAUCCUUCUACUCUGAGAUCGAAAAAAACCCACCAGGAAUAUGGUGACUGGAAAUCAUGGUCACGAGUUAAAAGGUUUUGAUAGAUCAUGCCCCUGCAGUCUAACUGCUCAAUUCUAUGCUAUUUAGAAGUUAAAUCAGUUUUAUUUCUGUUUAUGCAUCCCUUGCCAACCCCCCUGGCUGUGACUCACACAGUCUGCAUACAAAAAUGGUUUCAUUUUGAAUCAGAUGUUAACUUGUUUUAAAAGUUUUUAUCUCCUGCUUGGUAAAUGGAAUUUUAAUCAGACAUAGAAGGCAAGUUUAGGACCUAGAAGACUAUACAGAACAGGAGAUAAGGAGAUAAGAAACUCUAAAUUAAACAGAAUGCGCAAUAAAGGAAGUUUAAACAUUAGCGCUCUCUUUACAGGAAGUGUUUAGGAAUGCUAUGCAAAUGACAUGCAGGGAAGUGUGACUAGGCUCUAUAAACAAAGUGAUUUAACUCUAAAAUGGCAGAAAAUUGAGCAGUGAGACUGCAGAGGGAAUGAUCUCUGAAGAUGUUUUAGGGCCUGUAGUGGCCCUUUAAAGGGAGAUCAUAGUAAAGCAGAACACUUCAGCUUUAAUUUUGACCCACCGUGCACAUGGUCCCAUGCCCAAAACAGUUCCAGAGAAUUAGGGCUAACGGUCGGUCUCUUUGUCUGGAGUACAAAAGUGCAUACUUCACAUGAACAGAGCCUUUUAAAGUGCAUUUGGCAAGGUAUAUUGCAAGGCCCAAAGUCCUGAGGCAAGAGGCUUGCUAGCAGGCCCCUCCAAGAACCCGCGACGAGGUUCAGUUUGUCACAGGGCCAUAAUCACAGGGUAGGAGGCUGGCAAACAGGCCCCUCCUAAAGCCAGUGACAAGGUUACUUUCGUCACAUCCACUAUAAAUAACAAAUGGCCCUAAUCAGGGUUGCCAGCUCUAGCCAAUAAUUUUUAUCCUCAGAUUGGAACCUUUAGUUAGACAUAUAACAUCCACUCAUCAGCGGACUUCCAACACCAUGUGGGGAACAUAAAAUAGCGCUCUUCCCUGACAAUGUCCUACUGCUGUUAUGUAAGCCAGACACCGCGAUCCCUUCGCUGACGCAACUUCUAGAUACAUAUGUCAAAAUAUCAUACUACAAGAAUUACAUUAAAAAAACACAGGCACUACCAAUACGGAUCUCCGAUUAAAUUGAUGAAAUCUCACUCUCUCUUGAUAUGAGAAAACCAUGUAGCUCGUUUGCAUAAAUUAGAUGGACAGCCACAUAAAUGGGAGGACUUCGGGGUGUCAUGGUUGGGCCUCUUCACACUUUGAAAAAAUUGCAUACAGGUUGCAGGGAAGGGAUGUAGACUAUGCUAAAGAUUGGACAGGGUGGCAGACAGUCAAACAGAAAUAUAUUGACAAGGUGAUAUAAAUAAAUAAAAAAAUUAAAAAAGUUGCUUAACCAACAUGCAUACCCAGUGUUUAGUAAAUGGGCCGCAAUUACAUGUACUUCGAGUUGUUUAUUCUAGAUAACUUUGAGUUGUUUAUUCGAGAUAACAUACAUAUGCCAACUGAUGUGUCAUAUUCACCAACGGAGGGAAGGUACUUUCUAAUAUUGUCUUCACUUCGCUGUAACACAUAUCAUAUGAUAUAUCCACUGAUGUUUUAUCUUCUCUCUCUCCUUGCUUUUUCUCCCCCUUUUCACUUUUCAUUCGUGUUGGGUUUAUUAUUAAAUGAACCCACAGAGACCAAAGGAUACGUGCUUACUCACAGCACUGCAAGGACAUUUGACUCACUAUCUCAGAAUGUAUUUGAAAGAUGCUUAACAUGGUCCUUCUAUUCAUCCUUAUUGUGCUGUGCCGAUUGUAUAUGGGACUGGAUGAGGAAAUGUAUCUUUUGUCUUUUUUGUUGCUUCGUGUACAUGAAUGCUUAUCUAUUGUGAUAUUGUAAAACAACAAAAGCUUUGACAUUGAAAAAAAACAGCAAGCUAAGCAAGUUGCAAGUUAUCACAAUUUUUCCAUAAUUAGAGAAUUCCGCAUGCCCUUAUUUUAUUGUCUUAUUGCAGUUAUGCCUGUAGGUAUAGUAAUUUGUGAUACAUUGCAUUUUUUCUCAUUACAGUUGUACCAGAUGUAAUAGUGCUCUCUAGUGGUGAUACACUGUACUGCAAAGCAUAUGGACAUUACCCCAGAAAAAUUGAUAUGACCUGGUACAAGAAUGGACAGAUUAUACCUGAUGGGGAAUUGGAGAGGCUGACACUGCCUCUCACUGAUCAGACCUAUUUAUCCUCUAUUUCGGUCAAUAUAUCCUCGAUAUCAGAAGAUGCAUACAUCUGCCUGGUAAACCACAGCAGCCUGGAGGGUCCGACAUCUAUACUAUGGAGUAAGUAGGAGUAAUAAUAUAUAUAUAUACUCUCUGUAUGUACAGACUGAGCUCUCUCUCUCUCUCUCUGUAUGUACAGACUGAGCUCUCUCUCUGUAUGUAGAGACUGAGCUCUCUCUCUCUGUAUGUAGAGACCUAGCUCUCUCUUUCUCUCUGUGUACAGACUGAGCUCUCUCCCUCUCUCUCUCUCUCUGUAUGUACAGACUGAGCUCUCUCUCUGUGUAUGAACGGACUGAGCUCUCUCUCUGUGUAUGAACAGACUGAGCUCUCUUUCUCUCUCUCUCUCUCUGUAUGUACAGACUGAGCUCUCUCUCUCUCUCCCUCUGUGUGAACAGAGUAAUCUCUCUCUCCCGUUUGCAUCUUAUUAAUCAUAUAAAUGAUAUAAAUGAUAUUUUGUUUUCAUACAGAGAGAUCUGGCCUCGCAGAGUCCAACAGCAAUAUUAACGUAAUUCCCUCCAUCGGGAUAGUGAUCCUCAUCACACUUCUCAUCAUUCUGUUCGUGUUAGUCUCUGUGUUUGGAUUCAUAAUGUGGGAAAAAGGCAGAAAAGGUAAGAAAUUCACAACUUCAUAUAAACUAAUAAUAAUAAUUUCAGAAUUGUGCUCCUAAUAAUAAAUAUACUGACUCCAUACAGCUCAUCUCAAUGCUCAGUAUGGCAAUCUGUGUGACUCUUAUAGUCUAAUAAUCCAGAAAGCAUCACUAGUUCUUCUCAUUAACUUCUUAUAACCAUAACAAUCUUAAUAUUAGUCACAAUAACCCCUUAUUACUCCAUAUAACCCUCCCUAUAACUCCUCCUAUUACUCCAUAGAACCUCCCUAUAACGCCUCCUAUUACUCCAUAUAACCCUCCCUAUAACUCCUCCUAUUACUCCAUAUAAUCCUCCCUAUAACUCCUCCUAUUACUCCAUAUAACCCUCCCUAUAACUCCUCCUAUUACUCCAUAUAAUCCUCCCUAUAACUCCUCCUAUUACUCCAUAUAACCCUCACUAUAACUCCUCCUAUUACUCCAUAUAACCCUCCCUAUAACUCCUCCUAUUACUCCAUAUAACCCUCCCUAUAACUCCUCCUAUUACUCCAUAUAAUCCUCCUAUUACUCCAUAUAACCCUCCCUAUAACCCCUCCUUAUAACUCCUUCUAUUACUCCAUAUAACGCUCCCUAUAACUCCUCCUAUUACUCCAUAUAACCCUCACUAUAACCCCUCCUAUUACUCCAUAUAACCGUCCCUAUAACACCUCCUAUUACUCCAUAUAACCCUCCCUAUAACGCCUCCUAUUACUCCAUAUAACCCUCCCUAUAACACCUCCUAUUACUCCAUAUAACCCUCCCUAUAACUCCUCCUAUUACUCCAUAUAACCCUCCCUAUAACUCCUCCUAUUACUCCAUAUAACCCUCCCUAUAACUCCUCCUAUUACUCCAUAUAACCCUCCCUAUAACUCCUCCUAUUGCUCCAUAUAACCCUCCCUAUAACUCCUCCUAUUACUCCAUAUAACCCUCCCUAUAACUCCUCCUAUUACUCCAUAUAACCCUCCCUAUAACUCCUCCUAUUACUCCAUAUAACGCUCCCUAUAACUCCUCCUAUUAAUCCAUAUAGCCCUCCCUAUAACUCCUCCUAUUAAUCCAUAUAGCCCUCCUCCUAUAACUCCUCCCUAUACUUAACUCCAUAUAACCCUCCCUAUAACUCCUCCCUAUUACUCCAUAUAACCCUCCCUAUAACUCCUCCUAUUACUCCAUAUAGCCCUCCCUAUAACUCCUCCUAUUACUCCAUAUAACCCUCCCUAUAACUCCUCCUAUUACUAUAUAACCCUCACUAUAAUAUUACCCAUAUAACCCUCCCUAUAACUCCUCCUAUUACUCCAUAUAGCCCUCCCUAUAACUCCUCCUAUUACUCCAUAUAACCCUCCCUAUAACUCCCCCCUCCAUAUAACUCCAUAACCCCUCCUAUUACUCCAUAUAACCUCCCUAUAACUCCUCCUAUUACUCCAUAUAGCCCUCCCUAUAACUCCUCCUAUUACUCCAUAUAACCCUCCCUAUAACUCCCUCCCCCUACUCUCCAUAUAACUUUCUCCUCUCUAUAACCCCCCCCUAUUACUCCAUAUAUACCUCCUCCUAUAUACUCCUCCUAUACUUACUCCAUAUAGCCUAUAACUCCCCCCCUCCAUAUAGCUUUCUCUAUAACCCCUCCCUCCAUAUAACUCCAUAUAACCAUAUCCUCCCUAUAACCCCCCUAUUACUCCCUAUAACCCUCCCUAUAACUCCUCCUAUUACUCCAUAUAACCCUCACUAUAACUCCUCCUAUUACUCCAUAUAACUUUCUCUAUAACCCCUCCUAUUACUCCAUAUAACUCUCCCUAUAACUCCUCCUAUUACUCCAUAUAGCCCUCCCUAUAACUCCUCCUAUUACUCCAUAUAACCCUCACUAUAACUCCUCCUAUUACUCCAUAUAGCCCUCCCUAUAACCCCUCCUAUUACUCCAUAUAGCCAUCCCUAUAACUCCUUCUAUAACUCCAUAUAACCCUCCCUAUAACUCCUCCUAUUACUCCAUAUAACCCUCCUUAUAAUACUUCUUAUUACUGGUUGGCAGCCGAGGUGCUUUCCCUAUGAGAACCAAUUCAUACUCUGUUCUCCUAGAUAACAUUUGAUGGGUGCAGCUCAGUAAUUUGACGCGCAUGCACACUAGCCUCCCAGGGAGGGGUAGAGAUCAUGGCAAGGGCAGCAUGACAAGGGAAGACAGGCAAAUAAAACCUAACAUUUAAACCCUCACAGGGGGAAAAAUAAAUAUAGUUUGAUUAAAACUAGCACGUAAGGAAUACAUGUUUGUAUUCCUAACGCUACAGUGUUCCUUUAAGUAACCCUUCAUGUAUAAAUCUAUAUAUCUUAUUGUGAACCCUGAUUUCUCUUUUAUAACAUAGAGAAUAUAUUGUUUUCAGUAUAAUGACGGAAAUCCCAAGUCUCCCGGAUUUUCCUAGCGGCUCUCUGACACCAGCAAAUCAUUUACAAUAUCCCUGAAAUCAAACAAUCUGACACACUAUGUAUAUCAGAUUGUAUGUUUGUGUGAUUUCCCGGAUAUUUUAUAUAAUUUGCGGCCACUAGAUGGGUAUUAUCACUAAACAGGGGCCCAGUCAGUUGACGGCCCUUUAAAAGCUCGACCUGUUCCUGUGAUAUCGACUGGCUGGGGUGAAGUGACAGCAGAUCAUGCGCAGGAGGUAGAUAGCCAGAGGCAGGGGCGGCACUGCAGAAAGCAGCAGGGAGGUAGAGGAGAGGCUAGAGAGAGCUGCUGCAUGCUCACUCCCAUCAGCCAAGGUGUGUAUCUGUGUUUCAGUGAGUGUAUUUCUGUGACAAUGCGUGUAUCUGUGUGUAUGUGCCAGUGUGUGUAUCUGUGUGCGUCGGUGUGUAUGUGUAUCUCAGUGUGUAUAUCUGUGUGUAUGUGCCAGUGUGUAUCUGUAUUUCAGUGUAUGUAUCUGUGAGUAUGUGCCAGUGUGUAUCUGUAUGUCUGUGUGUGUGUAUCCUUCUGUAUGCCAGUGUGUGUAUAUCUGAGUGUACAUCUUAUGUGGCUGUGUGAGUGUAUGUGUGUGUGGUGGGGGGUGGGGGAGUCAGUAGCUGGUGAAGCCAACUCCCUGAAAUGAGAUUUUGCAUGUUGGGGUGUCUGUAAUGACCAUCUAUUCUUUAAUAUUCUCUAUUUUACAGCCAGAUUGGGCUCAACAUUCAUCAACGAUCCCAGCGCCUGA